AUGUCCAGCCCCUGGGACUGUGUUUGCGAGUUCAUCCGCUCCCAGAGCGCCAAUCUGCAGAGCAUCAUGGAGGGUCUCUCGAACCAGCACACCAUCAGCGAUCUUGAUACAAGCGACACGCUCACUCUGAACAGCCGAAUGUCGCCGCUGCAUCUGUUUAUGUUUCUGCUGCUGGCUGUGUGGGGCUUCCUCUACGUCAACGGCCGUCAGACCGAGCAGGCCACAAAAGCCAUGGGUGGCGGCCCUCCCUCGGCUGGCGGUUCCGGGUCCGGGUCCAGCUCCUCUUCCUCCGGUGCUUCCGGCUCCGGAUCUUCCUCGAGCUCUUCGGGAGGGACUGGACACUGCGACUCAGAGCUCUUCUGA